GCCUGUCAUCUGUCAAAUUUUCACAUUCUGCCAUCCGGACCGAUAGCAAUUGUUCUGCGCCAGAAAAUAUUCUAUUUUUCUGACUUGCUGCAAAUUUGUUCCCGCAGAAUCCGAAAUGGCUGAUCUAGGCGCUCCAGUUCGUGUGUCCCCACUGAUCCGGUUCGGCCGUUGGUCCUUCCUGGUCGUCGGAGUUGCAUACGGUGCUUACCAUCAGCAGCGCCUGGCCAAGCGCGAAGUUGGUAUUCGUGAAAUCGAGGCACAACAGAAAGUUAUUCGUGAUGCUAAGCUGGCAGAAGAAAAGAAGCGGAACCAGGCAGCUGAAGCUAAGGCCAUCGCUGAGCUAUCUGCGCCCUCCAAGAAGUAAACAAAGAAAGGAUGAAUCUUCUUCCGUUCUAAGGCACGGACCAUCGUGUGUCUUGUAAAUGUUGCAGUACUGGAUGAUGAAUAAAUUCUUUCAUAGGAAGUAAAUCAAAAAUGUUUAGUGUUGUGCAAAGAUCCAGCCAGAUCUCGGAUAGUUUCGAACGUACAAGUGAAUAUGUGCACUUCUGUACUUAGAAAGAACCAACGCAAGAGGAGACUAUCGCGGUAGGACAUAUGUAAAUUAGUACGCUGCUAGAGAAACGCAAUGUAGACUUUAAAAUAUAUUCAUUUCAUAUUACAA